GAUGAUGUAUCUCUGUUAAAGAAGUACUCAAACAGACACGUCAACCGUUCACAGCAACACAAUGGUUGAAUUCAAAUGGAUUAAAAUAUCUUUAUUUCUGAUUGUGCGUCUUCAGUUUAGAACAGCAGUAACAGGACAAGAUGACUACAUCACUGUCAGAGAUGGAGAUGACGUCACUUUGCCUUGUAAAAAUGUGAUAGAGGGUCAGGACAAAUGUGACAGAACUACCUGGAUGUACAGUCAAGGACAAGGGUCACCAGAAGUAGAGCUGAUUACCCUUGGAAAUAUUAAUAACAAUGUCAACGAUAAAUCACACAGACUGAGUGUUACAGCGGACUGCUCUCUGGUUAUAACGAAUGUCACAUUUAACGAUGUUGGUCGUUACGUCUGCAAACAGUUCGACACAUCAGGACAACAACAAGGUCCAGACUCUGUGGUUUAUCCGUCUGUUGUUACCAUUGAUGAACAGAAGGAUGCUGAUGAUAAAGUGACAUUAACCUGUUCUAUGAUGACAUAUGGAGAAUGUCUAGGCAGCGUGAUGUGGCAGUUUGAGGGUAAUAGUGAUGAUUUCCGAGACGUGGGGGGGUUUGGAGUUCCCUGCAGAUCCCAUGUGAAAUUUACAGCUUCCAGUCCUGAGGAGCCCCAGUGCUGCUCAUCACCAUCCUGGAGACACUUUUCCCCCCAGGUGAACAAACUGUGGUCGUCCAGUCAAAUAGUCAGUAAUCCAGCUGGUGAUGUUAGGAUCCAGCCCUAUCACCUCAAGCUUGUCUCUCAAUAA